UACAUGAAGGUGAAGGGUAAUGUUUUCAAGAACAAGCGUGUGCUCAUGGAGAACAUUCACAAAACAAAGGCUGAGAAGGCUAGGGAGAAGACCUUUUCUGACCAAUUUGAGGCCAGGAGGGCAAAGAACAAGGCAAGCAGGGAAAGAAAGUUCGCCAAGAGGGAGGAACGUUUGGCUCAGGGACCAGGAGAGAGGCCAGUACAACCUGCAGCAGCACCAGCAGCUGCAGCACCCCCAGCCCAGACUGCCCAGGGAGGAUCUAAGAAGUCAAAGAAGUGAGGAUGGCGGAGUGUAAGGAGUCUUCGCUCUAUAUCUACUUUUUGUUCUUGUUAUUAUGCCAAUUUAGUAUCUUUCAUAUGUUCGAUCGGUUUUUGGUUCAUGUACUUUAAGAAACGAUGUUUUACGUACAUGAAGUUGAAUAGAUGCUAUGGAGUUUUGAUACUUUAUUCUCGGUGCACCCUCUAUUUCAUA